GACUCCGGUCCUCCAGAUUUGGCGGCACGAACGGAUUCAAAUGGUUCAAUGAUGUCUGGUGCUAUGACCCCAUGACCAAUCUCUGGUCUCAGUUGGACUGCAUAGGCUACAUCCCAUCCCCGCGGGAAGGCCACGCCGCGGCCCUUGUUGACGACGUCAUGUACAUAUUCGGAGGCCGCAACGAGGAAGGCGCGGAUCUUGGCGACUUGGCGGCAUUCAGGAUCACCUCGCACCGAUGGUACACAUUCCAAAAUAUGGGCCCCUCGCCCUCGCCACGAUCCGGCCACAGCAUGACUACGGUUGGGAAGACCAUCGUGGUCGUCGGUGGGGAACCGAGCUCCGCCGCUACCGCUGUCAACGACUUGGCGCUCGUCUACUGCCUGGAUACGACCAAGAUCCGAUACCCGAACGACUCAGGGGCCAACGCGCCGAGAGUGAGACGGCCUAGCGACGUCACGGCCCAGAAUGUCGGCCGGAGCACCCCUUCGCGCGAUGGCUCCAACGGACCGCCGGAUGCUCGGAGGCAGACCGGAGCUGCUGGCGCUGCCAACGGAUACAAGUCCCCAACCAACGAGCCGAACCCGGCCACUGUUCAACAACCCAACGGUCCCUCCAGACUCCCGAGGUCUGCAGGGCCACCGCCACAAGGGCAACCCCCCAAACCAGGGCUUGGGGCUCCCCCGCCCCGCCCAAGAGCCGGCUCGUUGGAACGCCCAGAUCAACCCACCACGUCCCCUCUGGCAUCGCCCGUUCCCCAACAAGUUGCGGCUCUCAAGGAAAGCGAGGGUGCCGCCGUCAACGGGAGACGCACACCCACGCAGAAUCCUCCACGGUCUUCCUCCAGACAAGCCGACUUCCAAGCUGCCGAUGCGCCCAGGCAAAAACCGUCCAAGCACGGUCGGAGUCAGGGGUCUGUUGACAGCUCAACCGAGCCAGCUCUCAAGCAGGUAACAACCCGACCAUCGUCCCCGCCACCACCGACGCGACAGGCCAGCAACCCUCUAGCUCGAAGGUCGUCGACGAGGAAUUCCCAGACGGUUGCCCUACUGAAGGAGCUUGACGCCGCCAGGAACCGCAAUGCAUGGUAUGCCUCGGAGUUGGAGUUGGCGCGCAAGGCUGGUUACGUUCCCAGUGCUUCCCUGAGCCCCGUGCUCGACAGCCGGAGCAUGGAUACUUUCGACGACGAGGACAAGCCGCUCAUCGAAGCGCUACUGGCCAUGCGGACCGAGCUGGCGAACGUGCAGGCAUCCGUCGACAAGCAGGCGGUUCUGGCGGCCAAGCAGAUCGCCGAAGCCGAGAAGCAACGAGAUGCCGCCAUCCAGGAGGCAGUUUACGCCAAGGCCAAGUUGGCGGCCAGAGUAGGAGGGAGCGCGAGCAGCACCCCGCAGCUCGGCAGUGAAAAAGACGUGGGUGAUCGGGUGGAUGAAGCAAGCAGGAAGCUUGCUUAUGCGCUCAACGCCCAAAAGGAACUUCAAGACCAGUUGGACCGACUGAGCGUCGAGUACGAGGCCGAAAGGAAGGCGCGGAAGCUCGCGGAGGAGACCGCCAACGCGACGCAGAGAAGGAUGGCGGACCUUGAAAAUUACAAGCAGCAGAAUGCUUCUGAACUCGAGCGGCUAAAAUCCGAGCUGCAUCUGGCGCAGCGGGAGGCUCGGGAGCAGUCGGUUGCCGCUGCGGAAGCUGCCGCCACAGCGCAGAUGUUGCGCCUUGAGAAAGCUGAGUUCGAGCAGAAGUACACCGAGGCGGCCGGCAGCUCCAAGGAACAUGCUGAGACUUUUGAGACUUUGCGUGGCGCGGUGGCGGCUUCCGCGGAGACCAAAGCCCUGCUGGAGCGGAAGCUCGACGAGGAGCGCGCGCUCAGGGAGGCGGUCGAGUCCAAGCUUACCAAGCUCAAGGGCGAGCACGAAGCGCGGACGGCGGAGCUAGUCGCCGCUACUCAACGCCUGCGGGAUGCGGAGGAGCUGGCGGAGCAGUACGCCAACGAGGCGCGGCUGCACCGCGAGGCGGUGAUGGCUGGCCUCGAGAAGAUCUCGGUCAAGGAUGCAACCAAGUCGUCGGAAAGGGGCGACGGCGAACGGGUCCUCGCUCUCCAGGGGCAGGUGAACGCGGCCAACGCCCUGGUCAAGAAAUACCAGCAGGAGGCGGACAGCGCGGCGGACAGGUUACGGGGUGCCGAGGAGCGGAUCGCCGGGCUGGAGGCGUACCAAGAACAAGCCAGCCGCGAGGGCGUGUCGAUCCGUCGGCAGCUGCAGAACGCUCUCAGGGAAACGCAGUCUCUGCAGGCCGCCAACUCGGAGCUCAAGCAGCAGCUGGCCAAGCAACAACUCGAGACCAACGCCAUGCUCGUCCAGUACAACGCUCUGAAGGACAUCCUCGGCGAGCGCGGCAUUUCACCCACGGCGGCAAUGCGGUCGCGCGGCAGCCCCCGGGGUGGCUCGCCGGAGCAAAUGCGUCUCCGCGAGCUCGAGCAGCAGCUCGCUGCCGCGGAGGCUGCGCUCGAGGAGACCAGGGCGCAGGCCGCGGUACAGGCGCAGGAGACCGAGUCGACGUACCGCGACAAGCUCGCCCAGCUCGAUAACGAUUAUCAGUCGACCGUGCACUAUGUCAAGGGCCUCGAGAAGAUGCUCAAGCAGCUCAACGAGCAGCUCUCGCGCUACAAGACCGAGAACGGUCGGUUGAAGGAACGGGUGGUGGAACUCGAGGAAAAGCUCGAAACCCAAGACCCUGCGGCCAAGAGCGGGCAGGCACCGGAGGGCUGGGAGACGCAGCAGAAGACGUUGCAAACCGAGAUUAGCCGGCUCCAGGCCGAGCUCAAGCAAACGGCCUCCAGACUGGAGCAGCAAGUCCAGUCCAUCCGCCAGGAGCUUGCCGACACCCAGCGGGAGCGCGAUGCGGCCGUCGAGAACGCCGAGGACGCCCAACGCCGCCUGGAGUCGUCCAAGCGGGACCUCGACCAACUCCAGCAGGAAAACGCGCUGCUGGAGCGCCGCGCCCAGGACGCCGAGCACAAGGUCAGCACGCUACUUGACCAGGUUGAGCUCUCGGUGGAUAACUACCGCCGCCGCAGCCGGCAGGCGCCGAGUCUGAACUCGGAGUCCGCCGGCUUCGGCGUCUCCGCUUCGCACCCGUCCACCGGCACCGGGGCAAACGUCAACGGUGGGGGCAACCAGCUCCACCCGAAUAACAGCAACAAUCAACACUACACCGUCCCGGGCCACAUGCGCCAAGACUCCGCCGCCAGCGAGGCCGAGAGCCUGUACGGCGCCCUCUCCGGCGCGGGCGGCGGCGCGCGCAACAGCGCCGCGCUCGACAGCCUCGCCAACGAGCUCGAGACGCUGCGCAGCCACUGGGAGGCGACCAACAAGAACUACCGGCUGAGCAACGCGUUCGACUUCGAGGCGGCCACCAGCACGACACCGGCGGCGGCGAGGAACGAGGAGCGUGCCGGCGGCGGUGGUAGUGGGCGGGGGCUGAGUGAAAGCUUGGCGGAUUGGCGGAAGAGGUUGGAUGAGAGCCAUCCGGAAUAGGCCCCGUGGAGGUCUCUGGGGGAGGAGCGGGGAGGAAGAAGAAGAUAAUGGCUGGGAUGUGGGAGGGGAAUUCUGUUCUGUUUUUUUGGAUAUGUGGAUGUCUGUUCCUCUGGGAAGGUGAAUGGGGGGUGUACUCUUAUUAUUCUGCUUUGUUUCCUGCGGGAACGUUUUUUUAUCUCUUUUCCUUCUCUUGUCGUUUGAUACGAUAUUUACCCAAG